UGAGUGCUUUGACAUGGCUUUACCGUUUGCUUUUCAAGCACAAACCAUUAUCGCAGAGGGAAGAACUUCCCAAAGUGAUGUUAAUACCAUUAGAGGGUGGUUACGAACCACAUCGCUUCCGCUGCUGCAGGAUGAAUUUAUUGUGAUAUUUUUAAUCUCAAGUGAAAAUAAAAUAGAUAAGGCGAAACAAAUAAUCGAGGCUUAUUUCAAAGUUAAAAAUGGAUAUCCAAACGUUUUUAACAACAUCGAUUUGGACAGUGAACCGAUAAAAAAUAUACAAAAAGUCGCAGGCGUGUGUAUACUUCCUAACAGAAUAGACAAUAAAUCAGUUGUAGUUUUUGGAAAAUUAACAGACACUAAUUACCGAAAUGUAGAACUUUUGCCUUUGAUAAAAUUAUGUUUUAUGUACGUACACAUGGUUCAAAUUGAAGAUCCUCCAAGCGACAUCGUCGCGGUGGUUGAUAUGCAAGGGGUUGGUUUCAUGCACCUCACGUGUAUUAAAAUGGAACCCGUUCUCGCAUUUCUGAAAUUUAUCCAAGAAGGAUUGCCGCUGAAAAUAAGAGCGGCUCACAUUUUAAAUACCAACUACAUUUUUUAUCGAGCUCUAAAUCUGUUUAAAAGGUUUAUCGGUACCGAGAUCUUGAAACUGGUUCAUCCACAUUCUUCAGAUAUGAAAUUAGAACAUUUUCACGAAGAAUGGGUGCCAGCAUCUUGUCUACCCAAAGAAUAUGGCGGUGAGGUGCCCUUCGAGCAGCUGGUGAGUCGAACCCAGAAGGACAAUAAGAAAAUGCAACCAUUUUUGGACGCGGAAGAAAAGCUUAGAAAAUGCUUAUAAAUUUUGUUUCAUUAUUUUGAGAUGCUGUGACGAAAACUUCUGGUGGUGGUAUUUCUUGCUGGGGUGUUUUUUCUGAAAAAAAAAGAAGUUCGAAGAGGAGUUACUUCUUAUAUUUGCUUAGCAGUGAGAUUGCUCGGUACCUAGUUAAUUAUUUCCAAUACCCUUAGACUAUCCACCUGAAAGUUUUUUAUAAUGAAAGUAUAGUUUAGUUUUUAAAAAUACUAAUAUGUAGUCCUAAUAAUCUGCUGAUAUUUAUACAAUAAUCCAAUC